AUGGCCGACGAAAGAAGUCCAUUGAUUCAACGCGUCGAUGUGCGCCCCCAUCGCGACCGUUACCCGCACCAUCGCCUUCGAUUCUUCUGCACUACCUUCCUGAGCGCAACCAUAAUCGCUGGUGGACUUGCUGCUAUCUUCUUUUUCGCCAUUGCGCCUCCUACACAAGACAACGAAGCUUCUGUAUCACGAGUAUCGGCAUUCCUGUCCUCGUCGGCUUCACAAGUCCCUGAAGGAUGGGCACGCAAGACGGCACUAGACUUUGACGACCUACAAAAGACUCUGCUUGAAACACCAAGCGCAGAGAAGGCGAAAUACUGGAGCAGGUACUAUACCAGCGGGCCGCAUCUCGCCGGAAAGAACUUUAGUCAGGCACUAUGGACAAGAGAACGAUGGGAGGAGUGGGGAGUUGCUAGCACCAUCGUCGACUACGAAGUGUACAUUAACUAUCCAAAAGGUCACCGAUUGGCUCUAAUGGAAAAGAUUGGAACCGAGCACGAGAAAAAGUAUAUUUCCACUAGUUCAGAGAAUGCAUGGAAGGUCACGUACGAAGCGCGGCUGGAAGAACAUGUCCUAGACGAGGACAAGUCAAGCCAACUUGCAGACCGGGUACCCACCUUCCACGGAUACAGCGCUUCAGGAAAUGUCACGGCUCCAUAUGUAUUUGUCAACUAUGGCACAUACAAGGACUUUGAGGAACUCAGGGCAGCAAACGUUAGUCUGGAAGGCAAGAUUGCGUUGGCAAAGUACGGCGGUGUCUUCCGCGGCCUGAAGGUCAAGCGUGCCCAAGAGCUGGGUAUGGUUGGCGUGGUCAUGUACAGCGAUCCUGGCGACGAUGGUGAGGUCACCGAGAAGAACGGUAUCGCAUGUUAUCCAGACGGUCCAGCCAGGGAGCCUAGCAGUGUCCAGCGAGGAAGCGUCCAGUUCUUGAGUUUCGCUCCAGGUGACCCAACUACCCCUGGCUACCCUUCAAAGCCUGGUUGUCCCCGCCAGCCUGUCGAUCAUGCUAUGCCGCGUAUUCCAUCUCUGCCUAUCUCCUACCUCGACGCCCUCCCUCUCCUUAAAGCUCUCAAUGGGCAUGGACCGAAAGCAUCGUCUUUCAACGAAAAUUGGCACGGUGGUGGCUUGGACUACAAGGGUGUGGAGUACAAUAUUGGACCGUCUCCAGAUGACGUUGUCCUGAAUCUCGUAAACGAACAGGAGUACGUUACAACACCGCUAUGGAACGUGAUUGGAGUUAUCAACGGCACGAUCAGCGAUGAAGUCAUUGUCUUGGGAAAUCAUCGGGAUGCGUGGAUUGCUGGAGGCGCAGGGGACCCUAAUAGCGGCUCUGCAGCUCUGAAUGAAGUGAUCCGAAGCUUCAGUGCUGCGAUGGAAGCUGGCUGGAAGCCAUGGAGAACCAUCGUGUUCGCGAGCUGGGAUGGCGAAGAGUACGGCUUGGUUGGAAGUACGGAAUGGGUGGAGGAAUACCUGCCCUGGCUUUCUGCCUCAGCUGUCGCAUACCUUAAUGUCGACGUUGGCACAAAUGGACCAGACUUCACGCUUGCGGCUGCACCGCUGUUGAGCAGGGUAGUUGAGGAAGCCAUUCAGAAGGUUGCCUCUCCUAACCAGACCGUACCUGGCCAGUCAGUAUACAACGUAUGGGACAAGAAGAUCGAGACAAUGGGAUCCGGCAGCGACUUCACGGCCUUUCAAGACUUUGCUGGUAUCCCAUCGAUUGACAUGGCCUUUGGCUUUGACGCCAAGUCUGCAGUCUACCACUACCACAGCAACUACGACUCUUUCGAUUGGAUGGAAAAGUACGGUGAUCCUAGUUUUGAGUAUCACGCCACCAUAUCAAAGAUCUGGGCACUCGUAGCUGCCAAGCUCGUGGACUCGCCCGUCCUUCAGUUGAAUGCUACAGAUUACGCCCUCGGGCUAAGCAAGUACGUCCAAGCCGCCAAACGUACAGCACAAGCGGCUUCUCCGGACAAGAGUUCAUUCGCAAGCUGGCAACCUCUCGAUGACGCGGUAUCCCAUUUUCUCGAAGCCUCUGCAGCUCACGACCAAAGAGCUGCCGAUCUCGAACUUCAGUAUUCCCUCAUCGACCAUAUCCCCUGGUGGCAACCUUGGAAGAAGCUCCAACUCUUCGUCGCUAUUCGCGCAGUCAACAAUAAGUACAAAUUCCUGGAACGGAAAUUCUUGUUUCCUGAGGGACUUGACGGACGAAGCUGGUUUAAGCAUGUGGUCUUUGCGCCGGGUAAGUGGACUGGCUACUCGGGUGCGACCUUUCCUGGUAUAGUAGAAGCUAUCGGAGAGGGUGACGAGGCGGCUACCAAACGUUGGGUUAGCAUCGUUACCAAGGCCAUUGACAGUGCUGCGGAUUGGUUGGAAAAGGAUGAUUGGGCAUGA